AUGCUCUGCACCUACAACGCCAGGGCAGUCUCCACCAACGCCAAACUUCACGCGCUUCUCGAAGCUGCAGGGCGCAUUAACUACCACGCAAUCGCCUUGCAGGAAACAAAGCCCAGAAAGACGGACGUGAGGCAGCUGAGUGAUGGCACACUCAUCAUUCGUGGUGAGAAAGUUCCCAGCACAAGGAAGAAGAAGUCUAAAGAAGUGCCGCAGGGACCUUGUCGACUAUCGUGUUCCGCUGACAACACUACUAAACGAGUACGGGCUCGCACAUCUUCCCGAAAAGAGAUGAAAUCGAUCACGAUGAGAUUCUACGCCAAUUUCUUCCGCUCAUCAACACCGGUAUCAAACUCCGUUAUUCCCACUGGAGAAAUACCACCACGGAUUCUACCUGCUGAAGUACGCGUCGCAAUUAAGAUCAUGAAGACAGCCACGGUUCCGGGACCAGACCACGUUUCGGCCGACCUCUUACGAGCUGGAGGACAUCGCCUACACGAGAUACUUGCG